GACUACUUUUCAGGUCAAAGACCCUCCCAUGCGCUAUAGCGAUUUGGAUUCCAGUAUAACGUCCUGUAACUAUACAAGAAUACUCUUAUAACUAUUCGUAAUCAAGAGGCAGACGACUGGGUCAUGGAUGGCCCUACUGUAGCGUCAUAUGAUCAAUUACAAGAAUUUAUUGUCAGUGCUGUAUUAUUCCUUGUAUUUGCACUAGCAUUGACGAUAUUGUGCUCAGCAUUACUGUGGUGCCACUUCUACGUAUUCGUCAAGAGAGACAAUACGAAAAAGUCACAACUAGACCUUCUUGAGUCUUCGUACUGUGACGCAUAAUAACGGUACCUCAAUAUUGUAAUUUUCACUGUUAAUAAUUGUGUAGCAUAUUGUUUGUUGCUGUAAUACGGUGUAACUGUGAUUAUGAUGAAAUGCUAUGUUGAUAUGUUCUUAUAAAUGUGUCAAAUUUUGCC